ACCAAUCAAAUUUUUAAAAAUCCAUCGUCCAUUCAUAUCAUCAUGAGUCAUACCAACCAAAGCCAACCUCCCGUCGUUGCUCCUCCAAAAGGUGAUUCGGUAGAUGAACAGACCAAAGGCAUUUACCCGCCACCGGUAGAUGAACAAAAUAAAGGCAUCUACCCGCCACCGGUAGGAUACGCACCACCAGGAGGGUAUCCACAACAGGGAUACGCGACAGCAGGGUACCCACCGCAAGGGUACCCACCUCAAGGAUAUGCACAAGGGUAUCCACCUCAAGGCUAUCCACCACAGGGGUAUCCGCAAGGGUAUCCUCCGCAAGGAUAUCCGCCGCACGUGUAUCCACCACAUCCGCAAUAUACAAUGCACUAUGUUCCUCCUCAACAACAUUACCAAAGCAGCGGUUUCAUGGAAGGCUGGUAUUAUUGA